AUGGUGCAUCCGGAGUCCUUGACCUCUAUUCAAGCGCCCGCAAUUCCGGGCGAGGAGGAUGUCUUCGCGGCCUUCGUGCAAUUCCCCGAAGAAAGCGCUGACAAUGCAUCGGAAUCGGGUAUCGUCAGGGUUGAAGGUGCUGCUUCAUCAAGAAACAUCCGCGAAGCAGACCUGCCUGACUUGGUGCCUUCACUUGCCAUCCCCUCACCCUUCACGUCAACAGGAAGGCCUGAUGAUUCAACGUCAAAUUGGAACGCUCCUGGCUCAACAUUGUGGACGGUUGGAGGACCCGAGCAUAGCGACAUCGUCAUACCGUCAGCUUUCUCGUAUCCGACACAAGUGUCCACGUGUCACGUUGAGACGGUGGUUCCGGCUGACAGUCCCCCUAGCUGGGGAAGCGGUAUACUGUGGUGUGAUGACUGUAACAGUAACGGGGCACUGGACAACGAUCAUCAGGAACUUUUGGUCUGGCUGAUGCGACAGUUGGGAUUCGAUAAUGAGAAAUCCAAGUGGGGUAUCUUCCGGAAAGAGUAUCAUCUCACCAAAAAAACUGGCGUCAAGAUGAUUGUUGCCGGGUUGAGCAAUCAACAGGCUGUGGCGUCUUUCAUUGCGCUAUGCUGCUAUGCGUGUUACAAACAACAUCGCUGCUCCUGUCGCGAGGUGGAGAACAUGAUAGCCAACGGCUUUUCAAGCGAUCCCCUCACUCGCCGAAACAUCAGUCAAUGCUAUCAAGCCAUUCUCGAAAUCGAUGAUCCACAGUGGAAGUACCUAUUGAAGGGAGAACUACCUCCGACAAGUAAACAUAGGAGGAAACUUGACUGUGACAGUCCCAGCGCAGACUCGCCAGAGGAUUCCAUAAGCGUGCCGAUUACGGGAUACGAUGGAUCCGGUCCAAGUCGGCCUUUCACGGACGAGGACUUUGACUCCCCCGAGUCGUCUUUCCCGAGCCAACUCUCAUACGUCGAGUUGGAGCGGGAGCAGAAAAAGUGCGGAGGCGAUCUCUUGCAGUGUCAGUAUCCUGUUCACUCAGAGCAUGCUGUGCAGUCGGGUGCCCUCAGCGCAACGCUCGACGGGGAUCUCAUGGACCUGUUUCGUUCCCUGCUGAGAUUGUGUGGGCUUGAAAAGAACCCCUGGGCGGUUUUCAGUCCAAACAUCGUUUACAAGGGUGGAAAGCUAGAGGAAUUCUUUCACGACCGGGACGCACAUCUCGUCUUCCAGUACAUCAACACCAUCAGGCUGCUUAUCAUGAAAGAGCAUCAGGAGAGGGGGUGUAGAUUCUUCGAAAAGAUGGUCGCCAGGCUACGCUACAAAAGAGGAAACAGCCAAAGCAUCGAUUUGCGUAGGUUUUAUCAAGACAUCCGCCAGUUACCAGAUCGUGCUUGGAAACAAGGCAGACCGGAAUGGUUCCCUCCAUCGCAAUCAAGCGAUCUAUCUACAUGA